CCUAACGCUUCCAACCUGCCCAUCCAGCCAACGUAAAGAGGAAGUGAUUUUUUACAGAAAAAUAGAGUUGGACCGCGAAGGCCUCUGGGAGCUGUAGUCCUCAGUAAGAAAGCGGCGGACCUAUUCAGGUUUCAGUACCAACUUGCACUCCCAGGAUCCUGAGAAAGGGCUUCAAGGGUGGCAGCUCCCACAACAUCUCUAGAUGAUCCUCCAGUGCGGAGCCGCGUGCCCUUAAAUGCCGCCUUUGGCAUUCACACAGCUCGUAAAUAGCUCGGUCCUGCCGGGUGAGCCGCGGGGUCCUCUGGGAAGUGUUGCCCAGCUUCUAACGGAUCGGAGCUAGUGCUGCUCUCUGCACCACCACUGCCACCGCCGACCUCGGUGGCUCGUAUCAGAAUCCUCACGGGCUGUGCCCCUUGGGCGGCGCUGGGGAGUGAAGUCGCGGCCUGUGUUGGUGGCCUGGGUGGUGAGUCCUCGGAAGGCCUGGAGCUCUGAGCCCGGGACUCUUUGUGCUGGGUGGGAGUACGGGCCUGCGGACCCGGCGCAGGUGUCGGAGGAGGAACGCGGUGAGGGGCGACGCCUGUGCGGUUGGUUUCCUGAGACCGUGGCAGUGGCGUGUGAAGGACCGUGACCGAUUAGCGUGCUGUGAUUGGCAUUUGUGCUUUCCCUUUUAUGUUUCGUUGUGAACGUGGUUGCGAACAUGCACGACUGUGGGCUCGCGAGUGAAUGAGAACCUCCGAGGAUGGAAGAGUUGUUCUAUUAAGGAUCACUCAUAGAGUCACCACGUAUUAAAUGCUGUGUAGCAGGUACAAAUUUUAGGUGCUUGGGACAAAGGAGUGAACAAGAGACAAACCUCCUGAUAUCAUGGUACUUACACUGUUGUGGGCCAGAUAAUAAACAAGAAAAGCUGCGUGCUGGACAUGGAUUUGUUAUGCCUCUGGGCAGUGUGUACCAGGACUGUGGAUUAGGCUGCAGCAGAGAGGCACAAGGAGCAUACAGGGAAAGGCCGGACUCUGCCUCCUUGGAACCCUGUCCCUUCCUAGAAAGAAGAGGAAAUGACUGAGUCCCAGGAAACAGUGACAUUCAAAGAUGUGGCUAUUGACUUCACCCAGGAGGAAUGGAAACAACUGGAUCCUGCUCAGAGGAACCUGUACCGGAAUGUGAUGUUAGAAAACUAUAACAAUUUAAUCACAGUAGGCUAUCCAUUCACCAAACCUGAUGUGAUUUUCAAGUUGGAGCAAGAAGAAGAACCAUGGGUGGUAGAAGAAGAAGUAUUUAGGAGACAUUGUUCAGGAGAAAUAUGGGGAAAUGAUGAGCAUCAGAAAACCCAAGACAGACUUUUGAGACAAGUUUUCAAGAAAACACUGACUGAAGAAAAAGUCAAUGAAUAUCCUAAGAAAUUUGCAAAUGCAUUUACUGUAAACUCAGAUUUUAUUCCUACCAGACAUAAUCUCUAUGAAUAUGACUUGUUUGGAAAGUGUCUAGAACAUAAUUUUGACUGUCAUAAUAAUAUGAAAUGCCUUAUAAGAAAGGAACAUUUUGAAUACAGUGAAGCUGUGAAAUCAUAUGACAAUAGGUCGACCCUCCUUGUAGUAACCCCCUUUAAGUGUAACCAUUGUGGAACAGGCUUUAGUCAAACAUUGGACCUCAUCAGACACCUAAGAAUUCAUACUGGAGAGAAAUCCUAUGAAUGUAACAAAUGUAGAAAAGUUUUCAGUCACAAGGAAAAACUAACUAAACAUCAUAAAAUUCAUAGUAGGGAACAGUGUUUUGAAUGUAAUGAAUGUGGGAAAGUUUUCAUUAAAAUGUCAAAUCUGAUUAGACACCAAAGAAUUCAUACUGGAGAGAAGCCCUAUGCAUGUAAGGAAUGUGGGAAAUCCUUCAGCCAGAAAUCGAAUCUCAUUGAUCAUGAAAAAAUCCAUACUGGAGAGAAACCUUAUGAAUGUAAUGAGUGUGGAAAAGCCUUCAGCCAGAAGCAAAGCCUCAUUGCACAUCAGAAGGUUCACACUGGGGAGAAACCUUAUGCAUGUAAUGAAUGUGGCAAAGCCUUCCCUCGAAUUGCCUCCCUUGCUCUUCAUAUGAGAAGUCAUACAGGGGAAAAACCUUAUAAGUGUGAUAAGUGUGGAAAAGCCUUCUCUCAGUUUUCAAUGCUUAUUAUACAUGUAAGAAUCCAUACAGGUGAGAAACCCUAUGAAUGCAAUGAAUGUGGAAAAGCCUUUUCUCAAAGUUCAGCCCUUACUGUACAUAUGAGAAGUCACACUGGUGAGAAACCCUAUGAAUGUAAGGAAUGUAGAAAAGCCUUCAGCCACAAGAAAAACUUCAUUACACACCAGAAAAUUCACACUAGAGAGAAACCUUAUGAAUGUAACGAAUGUGGGAAAGCUUUUAUUCAGAUGUCAAAUCUUGUCAGACACCAGAGAAUUCAUACUGGAGAAAAACCCUAUAUAUGUAAGGAAUGUGGCAAAGCUUUUAGCCAGAAGUCAAAUCUCAUUGCUCAUGAAAAAAUUCAUUCUGGAGAGAAACCCUAUGAAUGUAAUGAAUGUGGUAAAGCCUUCAGCCAAAAGCAAAACUUUAUUACACAUCAGAAAGUUCAUACUGGAGAGAAACCUUACGAUUGUAAUAAAUGUGGUAAAGCCUUCUCUCAAAUUGCAUCCCUUACUCUUCAUUUGAGAAGUCACACAGGGGAAAAGCCUUAUGAAUGCGAUAAGUGUGGGAAAGCCUUCUCUCAGUGCUCACUGCUUAAUUUACAUAUGAGAAGUCAUACUGGUGAGAAGCCCUAUGUGUGUAAUGAAUGUGGAAAAGCCUUCUCUCAGAGAACUUCCCUUAUCGUGCAUAUGAGAGGUCACACAGGUGAGAAACCUUACGAAUGUAAUAAAUGUGGAAAAGCCUUUUCCCAGAGCUCGUCCCUUACCAUACACAUACGAGGUCAUACAGGUGAGAAACCCUUUGACUGUAGUAAAUGUGGAAAAGCCUUCUCUCAGAUCUCAUCCCUUACUCUUCAUAUGAGAAAACAUACAGGUGAAAAGCCCUAUCACUGUAUUGAGUGUGGGAAAGCUUUCAGCCAAAAGUCACACCUUGUUAGACACCAGAGAAUUCACACUCAUUAGCACUCCCUGUGCUAUGGGAAAGCCUUCAAAGGAAGGAAUACCUCAUGGCACAUUACACAAUUGAUUCUAGAACAGAGAACUAUGAACAUGGGAAACCUUCAUGAAGAUGUCAUGAAUUUAUGAAACAUUAGAGAAUUCUUUCCAAUGUGAUCGAAUGUUGGAGAAAGCUGACUGUCAAAACCUUAGCAGACACCUUACUUAUUCAUAAUCAUGUUCUCAUUUAACUCUGAAAGAAAAUACCUGCUUUCAGCAUAUCAGCAUUAUAGUUGAGUUCUUAGCAGUGUACUAAGCAAAAAAAAGAAGACAGGGAUAAAAAUAACAUUUUAUGUAAGAUUAGAAAAUGUGUUGAUAGAAAAUAUCCAAAAAUAACCCAAUAAUGAAUAUGAGACAUCUGUAAAGUUAUAAACCAUGUUGAAGGGCACAAAGGAACGUCUGAAAGUGGAGGGAAAUAAUGUCUGAAAAGACUUGACAUUUGUAAGAAUACAUGUUCUCUCCCAACUCUUUAAAGUACUUCCCCUCAAAAUUUAGUUAGUUAUAUUUUAAAGAAUUUCACAAACUGAUUUGAAAAAUUUAUAUGAAUGGUAAAAGUCCACACAUAGCUGAAACAAAACAACUAGGAAAGGAUAUACUCUAUAUCAUCACCUGCAUUACAUAAAGCUGUUGUCAUUUAAACUGUCAUUGAGUAAAUAAAUGAAUCAGUGGAAACAAAUUAAGGAUUUACACAGAAUUCCAGGAAGAUAUGGGAACUUCAUAUAUGACAUUUUAUUGAAAUCAUCAGGGUAAGGAUAGCCUGUUCAUAAAUGGAAGAUUCACAUGAGCAAUUUAGUGCUCUAUCUUUUACCAUAUACAAAAAUAGAACCCAAAGAGAUUAGACCCGGAAUGUAAAAAGUAAAACUCUAAAACUAUGUUGAAUAUAUUAAAGUAAAAAGAUUUCUUUCAAAAUUCAUAAACAAGGCUGGGAUUGUGGCUCAGUGGUGGAGUGUUUGCCUAGCAUGCGUGAGGUGCUAGGUUUGAACCUUAGCACCACAUUCAAAACUAAAAUACAAGUCAUUAAAAAACACAAACAUGGAACAAUCAAUUCUCUUUUGUUAUAUGUGCACCCACAGAUAUGUAUGUACAAAGAGAUCUAUCACUGUGUUCACUGCAUCAUGACUUGUAUUGCCCAAAAUUGGACUAUAACAUAUAAAUUUCCAUCAAUAGAGGGAUUGAGCAAUACAAUAUGUUCAUUUCUAUGAUAGAAUUCUACACAGUAUUUAGAAGAUACAAAAUUCACAUAAUUACAUGGAUUGAUCACAAUUGUAAUAUUGAGAGAAAAAAGCAAACUGCACUGAGACCUGGCAUAACAUUUGUAUAAGUAAACAGUGCCAGGGACAGUACUGUAUGUUGAUCCUGGGUCCAUCUAUUUAUCAGUUGCCUUUUGAGAUGUGGAAAGGUUUGCUGGGAGUUGUUACACUGAUCUGUAAUAUUUCUUAAUAAAAGAAUGAAGCAAAUAUGACAGUGGUAACAAGUCUGGUUGUCAAAAUCAGUUAUGUGGAGGUUUUAAAAAUACCUUCUUGCCUUAUGUUCCUUUUUUUUUUUUCUU